AGAACGCCCGGGCGUGGGGCUGGGGGUGUGGCGCAGCGAGGCCGCGCAGCAAGCAGUCCUCCGGGCACCGUGGGACUCGCAGUUGCAGCAGCGUCGGACAAGCGGCCCGAGCUGUCACCGACAAGGAGUCCGGGCCCCGCCACUGGGCAUUGCAGAGAGAGAGAGAGAGGCAGGCUCACUGGCUUUGAGCUCCCUGGAUACAGUGUCUGAGCGGAGGCAAAGUGCGGUUCCUUCAAGAUGUCUGUGUUGAAGAAGCACAGAAGAAAAGACUCCGACACUCCCCAGGAACUUUCGGAGAAGGCCAAAGAGCAGCAGGCAGAGGCAGAGCUCCGGAAGCUAAGGCAGCAGUUCAGGAAGAUGGUGGAAAGCCGGAAGUCUUUUAACUUCCGAAACCAGCAGAAGAUCGCGAGUCAGUACAAGGAGAUCCAGAGCCUGAAGGCAGAGCAGGAUGAGAUCACCCUGCUGUUGAGUCUCAUGAAAUCCUCGAGGAACAUGAAUCAGAGUGAGAAGAACUACAUGGAGCUGUGUCUCCUGCUGCAAACCAAGGAGGACUACGAGGCCUUGAUUAAAUCCCUGAAAGUGCUGUUGGCUGAACUGGAUGAGAAGAUUGUUGAGAUGGAAAAAAAAAUCGCAAACCAAAAACAGAUUUUCACAAAAAUACAGGAGGCCAAUAACCCCCGGAAACUGCAGAAACAGAUUCACAUUUUGGAAACCCGUUUGAAUCUCGUCACUGUUCACUUUGACAAGAUGCUGACCACUAAUGCCAAGCUCCGGAAGGAGAUUGAAGACCUACGACUUGAGAAGGCUGCUUAUGACAGUGUCUACCAGCAGCUCCAGCAGUGCCUGUUGAUGCAGAAGAAAACCAUGAACUUGGCCAUUGAGCAAUCUUCUCAGGCCUAUGAGCAGAGGGUGGAGGCCAUGGCUCGAAUGGCUGCCAUGAAGGACCGCCAGAAGAAGGACAUCUCUCAGUACAAGCUGGAGAUCCGAGAGCUGGAGCAUCUCUAUGCCCACGAGAGCAGGCUCAAGUCCUUCCUGCUUGUCAAGCUGAAUGACCGCAAUGAAUUCGAGGAGCAGGCCAAAAGGGAGGAAGCUCUCCAGGCGAAGAAGCAUGUCAAGAAGAGCAAGGGAGAGAGUUUUGAGAGCUACGAGGUGGCCCACCUCCGGCUGCUGAAGCUGGCUGAGAGUGGGAACCUAAAUCAGCUCAUUGAAGAUUUUCUGGCCAAGGAGGAGAAGAAUUUUGCUCGGUUCACGUAUGUCACGGAGCUCAACAACGACAUGGAGAUGAUGCACAAGAGGACCCAACGAAUCCAGGACGAGAUCAUUCUCUUGCGAUCUCAGCAGCAAUCGUCCCACGAUGACAGCCGCUCUGCCCUGAGACAGCUGGAGGAUAAACUGAGGAAGACCACGGAGGAGGCAGAUAUGUAUGAGAGCAAGUACAGGGAGGUCAGCAAGACCUUGGAUCUACUCAAGAACUCAGUGGAGAAACUGUUCAAGAAGAUUAACUGUGAUGCCACCAAGAUCCUGGUGCAGUUAGGGGAGACGGGGAAAGUCACCGACAUCAACCUUCCGCAGUAUUUUGCCAUCAUUGAAAAGAAGACCAAUGACCUGCUGCUGUUGGAGACCUAUAGGCGCAUCCUGGACAUGGAAGGGGCAGAGGCUGAGAUCACGCCACCCUUCCUCAACCCUUUCUGGGGUGGCUCUGCCCUCCUCAAGCCCCCAGAACCCAUCAAAGUCAUCCCCCCAGUGCUGGGGGCUGACCCCUUCGGCGACAGGUUGGAUGAUGUGGAACAGCCCCUGGAUCACAGCAGCCUUCGGCAGCUGAUUCUCGACAAUUACGUCCUGAAGGAGAAUCGGAGUAAGGAAGUGCGCGGAGACAGCCUGCCUGAGAAAGUGGAUGACAGCAGGUCCAGGAAGAGGGUAACCAUGUGAGGUGCAUGCAUGGGGCCACCUUUGCACAAUAACUGAAAAAAUAAAUGUUUUGUUCUGUA